GCCCUUGUGGGGAGGCUCACAAUAUUCUCAGCAUCCCACUGAUUACCUAUGUGAGCGUUACGGCCCACUAACGCCGGCUGUCUUACACGACAGCACCACGCAACUCCCAACCACCAAACAUUCCACAGAACAGACCUGGCAUCAAAGCGCAAAAGGACACGACAACCCUUACCCGUUUUUUGCCAACGGCUGGUUCAGCUGUAGGGUCCUACAUGUCGAACGAAACCCCUUUCUUUUGUUACCUCUGCGCUGAGCCUCUGCUCUUCGGUUCUCUCGCGCCUUUUCCUAGAAGUCCGGCCCUCGAUGGCAGGCAAGGCGCAGGCAAAAGCCAUCAAAGAGGGUUCCAUCCAGGCCCUGCGGGCCGAAGCUUGAAAAUCAUGUCCGGCUGAG